AUGGCUGACUUCCUGGUAGAAUUGACAAGAGACCCCGCCGGGACACCGAACACACGGUGGAAGCUUCAUGUUGAUGGAGCAUCCAACCAAACGUUCGGAGGGGCGGGAAUCAUCUUGGAAAACCCAGCUGGAGUUGUAUAUGAGCAGUUUAUCAAAUUCGAUUUCCCGGUUUCGAACAACCAAGCAGAGUAUGAAGCCUUGCUGGGCGGCCUAGCGCUGGCAAGAGAGGUCGGAGCCACUAGAGUGGAGGUGUGCAGCGACUCACAGGUCAUAACUUCUCAUUUCAAUGGGACCUACCAAGCCAGAGACUCACUGUUACAAAAGUAUCUGGGGAAAGUCAAAGAAUUGAGCAAGCAAUUCGAGGAGGUCAUGAUCCAGCACGUUCCGAGAGAACGGAACACACGGGCGGACCUCCUGUCCAAGCUAGCGAGCACAAAACCAGGGACUGGCAACCAAUCUCUCAUUCAAGGUUUGAUAAAAGAACCAGCGGUGGUCCUACAGCUGACCCAGUCAGAACCCUCUUGGAUGGACCCGAUCAUCAACUUCCUGGAAAAAGCCGAGCUCCCCAGCGACGAGAAGAUGGCCAAAACAAUAAGGCGAGAAGCGGCCAAGUAUGCAAUCAUACAGGUCCAUUUGUUUAAAAAAGGGCUUAGCCAACCCCUGCUAAAAUGCUUGCACCCCGACCAAACAGAGUAUGUCAUCCGGGAAGUCCACAAAGGAUGCUGCGGUCACCACAUCGGAGGGAAGGCUUUAGCUAGGAAGCUCAUCAGAGCCGGGUACUACUGGCCCUCCAUGAUGGCGGAUUCUAAGGAGUUCAUAGAGGCAGAGUUAUUGGCUAGCAUAUCCUCAGCGAAUUGUCGAAAGUUCGUGUGGAGACAGAUAAUAGCAAGAUUCGGCAUCCCAGAAGCCGUCAUCUCGAACAACGGGAUGCAGUUCACCAAUAAAAAAUUUGAAAAAUUCCUUGCUAGUUUGGGAGUAAAGAAAAAGUUCUCGUCAGUUGAGCAUCCUCAAACCAAUGGACAAGUGGAGGCUGCGAACAAGAUCAUCCUGCAGGGCCUCAAGAGGCGACUCGACCAGAUGAAGGGAGUGUAG